UGGUUUGAUGGUCUAUGAGUUUGUUUCCGGAUGUUGUUUAGCUAGCUAGUAUCGGGAGCAAGAAUGGCUGCGAUGUUUACGUGUUGUCUAGGCUGCUGCGGAGAUGGCGGAUCGGGCCAUAUUCCCCUUAAAGAAAUGCCUACUGUUCAGUUAGAUACUCACCACAUGGGCACAGAUGUUGUCAUUGUGAAGAGCGGCCGGAGGAUAUGUGGCACUGGAGGCUGUCUGGCCAACGCUCCUCUGCACCAGAACAAAAGUUAUUUUGAGUUUAAGAUCCAGUCCACUGGUGUGUGGGGAAUAGGUGUGGCUACGCAGAAAGUGAAUCUUAAUCAAGUGCCUAUGGGCAGAGACACAAACAGCCUAGUCCUGAGACAUGAUGGGUCUGUGUACCACAAUAAUGAAGAGAAGAAUCGCCUACCCGCAAACAGCCUUCCUCAGGAGGGUGACAUUGUGGGCAUCACAUAUGACCACGUGGAGCUGAAUUUAUAUCUGAACGGAAAGAACAUGCAUUGUCCUGCCUCAGGGAUCCGAGGCACUGUAUACCCUGUUGUUUAUGUGGAUGACAGCGCCAUCUUAGACUGCCAGUUUAGUGACUUCUAUCACACAGCUCCACAAGGAUUUGAGAAGAUUCUCUUUGAGCAACAAAUCUUCUAAAGGAGCACUUAAGCCUCAGCCCCUCUUUACUUUGUCACCCUCUCCUAUAUCACAUAGCAACCUCUGUGACACUACAGUUUAACCUUGAUUGGAUCAUAUUAUGUCUGGCUUGAAUGCCUCUUGUUUUGUUUCCGCUGAUUACUCUGUCUCUCUACUGAUGCUCUGGAUCGCCGUCAGAGUAUCCUUGAGGGAGUGGAGAUUUCUGAUCAUUGGUCUGCUAUGACUAUGCUGAUGUUUAACUAUCAAAUCAUUACCUUGUGUUAGUGGUAAUCACCUAGCCCGGAAAUCCAGACCCAAAUCCGAAAGAUUAAGCGUCUGGCAUUGAGUAAUGAAAAUGGCCCAACUCGAGGGGCGGCACCAAGCAUGCAUUUGAAAAUCUCACUGCACGCAAUUGAAUAACACUACGACCAAUCCUAACCAUACACGGGGUGACUUAUCCAGAGCCCCAUACACUUAGCUACCAGCGGAGCUAACUGGUAGAUUAAACUGUCAACAUCUGUUUAGCUCGCCUCUGGCCCGCCUAGAUCAGAUACACUGACGUGAUUGGUACAAGGGCAUAGUUAAUGAGCAUCAUUACUCAAUGCCAGAGUGACUCCCUGAGCAAAUUCAAAUUGUGCUCUCGCGAGAACUCUGGAUUUCCAGGGUAGUAAUCACCCAGUGUUAACUGAAACACUUUCAAUUGUUGCUUACGUUGUCAAUCUGUUUGUAGAUGCCAGACAGUGGAUGUAAUGGUAAAAUGUUCCCAUUAUUCAGGAUCAGAAGCCAUGUUUGAUUGACAUUGCUAUAUACUUAAGUUUUUGAUUAUGUAGUCUCCUAAAUGCCGGCAUACUGACAUCUCAGCAUACACCCUAUAUUUAUUUGUAUUUAUUUAAGUCAAAAAUCAAGUAAUGUGUCUCUUUGGUAUGACAAAAGAUGUAAUGUUUUUUGGCCAGCAAGAGUUUGUGAAUGAAAGGAUCAGCUGCCAAUACUUAAACAUCAUUCAACAUUAUUUCAUUCACUUUUAUGUUGCCUUCUUUUUUUUCUUUUUUCUUGGGCAUUUCUGCCUUUUAUUGGAUAGGAAAGCUGAGAUAUGAAAGGGGAGAGGAAAGUGGGGGGGCAUGCAGGAAAACGUCACAGGUCAGAUUCGAACCCUGGACCUUCGAGGAAUAAACCUCUGCAUAUGUGCGCCCGCUCUACCAACUGAGCCAACCGGCCACUUAUAUUACCUUCUUUAAAAAUACAAUUGAAAGUGGGGAUAUUGCAACACUUUUCAAUUCAUGUCACUUCUUCAAUUUGAGUUGCCACAGAUGUUUAAGAAUAAACCAGUGCACAGCCAGGUUGACUUUUCACUGAGGUAUGCUGAGGUGAAAGUUCUGGAAUAUGUUAUACAAAGUGAAACGUUUCUUAAAUGGCUGACACUGAUGUAUAUAUUAAACUUGAUUUCUAAAUCUCUUCUAUGAACUGCCUUUUAGAUUCUCCACACUUUUCUCCUGGUGUAUUUAUUCUAUAAUAUCAGAAUAUUACCAGAGCUGGCUGUCUCAGAUUAGAGAUGUAUGGUUAAAAAUGUCAAUCUGUUGUGUUGCAUUGCAUAUCUGCUGCUGAAGUAUGACCUAAAAUAUUUCAAACUCUUGUCUUGAUGAUUGUUUGCACUAAUGAUGUUAUUGUACAAGCAAAUCCAAAUAUUGAUUCAUUAAACUUUUGUGUCUGAAAGCAGACUUGUCAGA